AUGUUUAAAAAUACAUUCCAAAGUGGAUUUUUAUCAAUUUUAUACUCGAUUGGCAGCAAGCCGCUCCAGAUAUGGGACAAAAAGGUCCGAAACGGUCACAUCAAACGCAUCACCGAUAACGAUAUCCAGAGUUUAGUGCUCGAAAUACUUGGCAGCAAUGUAAGCACUACGUACAUAACGUGUCCAGCUGACCCGAGGAAAACUCUGGGGAUAAAACUGCCGUUUUUAGUUAUGAUUAUUAAAAAUCUAAAGAAAUAUUUCACCUUUGAAGUUCAAGUAAUUGACGAUAAAAACGUCCGUCGAAGAUUUCGUGCGAGUAAUUACCAAUCAACUACGCGAGUGAAGCCUUUCAUCUGUACGAUGCCAAUGCGGCUAGAUGAUGGAUGGAAUCAAAUCCAAUUCAACCUCGCAGACUUCACGAGACGUGCUUAUGGAACAAAUUACGUCGAAACAUUGAGAGUACAAAUCCACGCGAAUUGCCGUAUCAGGCGUGUUUAUUUCUCCGACAGACUCUACUCCGAAGACGAGCUACCAGCGGAGUUCAAGUUAUUUUUGCCGAUACAAAACAAAGCUAAAUGUUAA